AUGGAUGCUGUGGACACCACCAUGGAGAAGCUCCGAGCCCAGUGCCUGUCGCGAGGGGCCUCGGGCAUCCAGGGUGUGGCCAGAUUUUUCCGCCGCCUGGACCGGGAUGGAAGCCACUCCCUGGAUGUGGGGGAGCUCCAGCGGGGCCUGGCUGAGCUGGGGCUGGUGCUAGAUGCAGCUGAGACGGAGGGCGUGUGCAGGCGCUGGGACCGUGACGGCAGCGGGACGUUGGACCUGGAGGAGUUCCUGCGAGCGCUGCGGCCCCCCAUGUCCCAGGCCCGGGAGGCGGUCAUCGCAGCGGCGUUUGCCAAGCUAGACCGCAGUGGUGACGGCGUGGUGACCAUGGACGAUCUCCGGGGGGUAUACAGUGGCCGCGCCCACCCAAAGGUGCGGAGCGGGGAGUGGACUGAAGAGCAGGUGCUCCGCCGUUUCCUGGACAACUUCGACUCCUCCGAGAAGGACGGGCAGGUCACGCUGGCGGAGUUCCAGGACUACUACAGUGGUGUGAGCGCCUCCAUGGAUACAGAUGAGGAGUUUGUGGCCAUGAUGACCAGCGCCUGGCGGCUGUGA